AUUGAGCUGACUUCAUAUAUUGAUAACAAGCAGAAUAUCCGGUUCAAGGGAAAAUAUAUUGCUCAAAUUCUUGGUUACAGUAACACAGAUCAAACUUUAAGAAAAAAUAUUGAUCCUGAGAUAAAAAAUCUUUUCCGGCCAAAACGGCGGGUUAUUCCAAAAGCAGGGGAAGACCUCCAGUAUUCAUAAAUGAGUCUGGUUUUUACUUCCUCAUUUUAUCCUCAAAACUUGAAUCAGCUAAAAAAUUCAAACAUUGGGUAACAUCUGUUGUACUCCCCUCAAUCAGAAAAUAUUUGCAAAACAAACUAUUUGAUAAUCCAAACAAUAAUAUGUUCAAAAUAGGAAAUGGAAAUGAUCUGCCCUGCAAACUUGUUAAAUGUAUCAGGCGUUUUUAUCCGAAUUCAAUCAUGAUUGCUGGAUUAGGUGAAAACCAAGAUACACCAGAAAAAAGAAUCAAUUCGUGGAUAUAG